AUGGAGACUAAAUACUGGACAAGAGAUUAUAUCAGUGGGAUACGUUUAUUUAUACAUGAUAUUAAAGAAGAAACGAAAUUAAUUGAAGAAGAGAUUAAAAAAAUCCAUAAAUUUAAUGAACAAUGUUGGAAACCAUUCAUGAGAAAUGUUAAAGCUCUUCAAAAUAUGAAUGGAUUUUAUACUUCAUUAAAUUUUUCAUUACCAUCUGAACAAAUAGAUUCGAUGGUUAACAGAUCUAGUAUAUUGGUACAAUUAUUGAAAGAGAACCAACAAUUUUGUCAAGAUUAUGAGAAAGAGAUUACACCAAUAUAUGAUCAAUAUUAUGAUAAUUUGAUAAAAUUAAGACAAUUAAAUAGUGGAAAUACGGGCAAAGCAACAAGUUCGGUUAGUAAUAGUGAUGAUAGUAAUAUUAGAUAUCCAUUUCAAUUAGAUUCGGAAAUUUCCAUUAAUAAUGAACAAGAAAUGAAUAAAUAUAUUAAGAUGUUGCAAUUAAAGAUUCCUAUACAAAAGACAAUAUUUGGUAAAGAAUAUUUCAAAGGGAAUGAACUCAUUACAGCAUUAAGAGGAGAAUAUCCAUUAAUUGACACAUCGCAAUAUAAUAUGAAUCGAUUGGGACAAAUGUUAUUAGAUAUGAAUAUAAUUGAAGAAUACAGUGCACGUACGUUAUAUUUAACUCGAACACAAAUAAUGUAUGAUAUGGAACGUAGUUAUAAUUGGGUUGCAACAGAGCCAGCCUCUGUCUAUACAAAUAAAGAUGUGGCUGAAUCAUUACAACUUAUAGAGCAAUAUGUUCUAGUUGAAGCAAAUAAAGUAAAUUUAGAGAUCAUACAUUGUCGAAAUUGUCGAUAUUAUAAGACCAUGAUGAAUUCACGAAUUGAAAGGACGUUGAGGGAUAUUGAUAAUAAAUUUUAUGCUAAGAUAUCUAAAAUUUUUACAAAAUUUGAUAAAGAUGAAGUUAGUUUUCAAAUUAUUAAUCAUGGAUAUAGUUAUUAUUCUCGGGAUAAUGGUAUACCGCUAAGUUUUGAAGAAGAGAAGCCCUUUAUGUUUGGUUGUACCAGUAUUAAUGGUGAUAUAUAUGAUUCGAUACGAUUACUGUUAGAACAAUGUAAAGAUGAAACAGAUAUCUGGUAUGGGGAUAUCGAUAUUAAAAGAAUUAGUACGAUUAAGAUUAAGAUAUUAAAUAAUUUCACACAGGAGACAUUAAAGUAUUCAAACGCAUUGUCAAUCGAGGCCAUCGUUAAAGAAAGUGAAAAUACAACAAAAUAUAUUAAUAGAGAUUGGGCAGAUCUGGUUAAAUUAUGGUUAUAUGAAUUACCUGGUGGUAUCAUAAUACGAGAUAAAUUUCAAAAAAAAUUAAUUGUGCCACAAAUAUAUUGUUCGAUUUUUACAUUAUUUGUUAAAUGCUGGUUACCAAUCUUCAGACAAGAUCAAGACAGUAAAGACACUACAAAUAGACACGAUGAUAGAAUUCAAUUGAUACAAGCUAUGAUUAGAGAUUCGCCUGGUGGUCAUGAGACUAUAGAUACUCUGAAAAUAGAAAUAUACGAAUUAAUGUCACGGUGGGAUACUGUCACAAACCAACCUGGUCACGAUGGAAAGGCUGUUGACGGUACAGAAGAAGAUGAGUUCGUACCAUUACCCUUCAGAACCACUCGCCAGCAACAGCAACAGCAACAGCAACAGGGAGAAUAG